UGGUAACAUAGCGAUAUUUCAACUACUUCCAAAAACACCUGUUGGACCUUGUUCCUGUUUUAGAUUAGAUUCAUUGCGCGCACACACACUCUCACUCUGUAAUCCACACUUUUCUUCUUCCUCGGUUUCUCAGAAUCAAGGGUACCCCCUUUUUCUUCUCUCUUUAGAUCCGUACUUCAGAAAGGUGGAAAACCAGUUUCUUGAAGAUAUUUGAUUCUGAUCACUAAACUUUUUGAAUAUAUUAGUCUCUGGUGAGGUUGAAGACUUGAACUUUAGCUGGUUCUAAUUUGGGAGCAUCAUCAUGUCUGAAGUGAAAAACAAACUGGAUUUAUUGCAAUGGCUUGGACCAGAUAUGUCAAUAAAGGUUCUCACUCAUUUGGAUGACCCUUGUGACCUUGUCCGCGUUUCGACUCUUUCCCGUUCUUGGCACCAAUUUGUUAUUGAAAAUGGCCUUUGCAAGCAUCUUUGCUUGAAAAUGUUUCCUGAACUAUCUGGUGUUGGACAUGUCAUUGAGGUAGAGAACAUGAUUGAACCAGUGAGUAACAUGCUUGGAAGUUCUUCGAAUUGGGAAUGUCUUAAGAGAAAUCAUAAAGUCUAUGCGUUCCUAGCAUGUGGUCUCACUCCUUCUAUCAGCGGAAAUUGCAUCUCGGAUGCCAUAAGUGCAUCCAGCACCGAUAACUACCCCGAAGAAAGUGUUCUGAAUACAUUAGACCCUCGAGAUAGGACUGAUUUUAGAGCAUCGUACUGGUCUAGUAAAGGGGAAAGUGACCCUUCUGUACCAGAGACUUUAGUUUAUAAGCUAACUUCCAAAAUAUGUCUAAUUACUGAGAUUCAUGUGCAGCCAUUCAAAGCAUAUUUUCAGCCAGGCCUCCCUAUAUAUUCAGCAAAAGCUGUCCGAUUCCGAAUGGGCCGUCCAAAAUACCCAACAGAGUUAGAAAGUGCUGAAGUUGAUGAUAUUAUUGCUAAUCACAUGUUUGGGGGUAAUCUAUGGACAUAUACUUCACCUGAAUUUCCAAUGUUGCAAGAAAACUGCUUGCAGAAAUUCAAGUUACCUGAACCUGUUCUGUGCAUUGGAGGUGUGCUUCAAGUUGAGCUGCUGGGCAGAGUUCAAAAGCAAGAAAUGGAUCAAUUAUUUUACAUAUGCAUCUCUCAUGUUCAAGUCGUCGGAUGGCCACUUUUGCCAGCAUAUGAUGUCAAAAUACACCAUCCAUCAGGAAAGUGUACAUUGAAGUACUGCCCUCAAACAGAUUGUUGUAUGUCUCCAACAAGAAGAGGCGACUCUAGCAGUCCUUCACGACUGCGGAAUUUUACCACAAGUAUAAUGCAGAGGGGCGUGAGACGUUGGGAGCAAAUUCUUAUUGCUGCACUGCUUGGUCCUGGUGCUGUUGUAGUUGAUGAAUGAUGAAAAAUAGUGAAUCAAGUCUUGUUGAUUCUCAAUAAACUGAGAAACUUGUGUAAAUGGGAGCAUCAGGAAUUAGCUGCUUUUAGCUGCAAAGAUAUAGGCAUUAGGCAAUCUAAAAUUUGUGCAUGUCCAGAUAUCUGUAUAGUAUGUUCUCUGCACAAUAAGCAGUACGACUACGAUGUAGCAGCAUAAUUUCAUCUUAA